CGUCUGCUCACGGAGAACCAGUCGAAGAAACAUGCUGAUAACACCAGGGCCCCCAGAAAGGGCUACAGCCGAACCCAUUGUAUCACCAUGGAAUCAGGGCCUGUGACCCCAGGGUUCAGCCAGUCCUCCUCAUUAAAGACGUCCCACCCCUUUUCUAAAUGUCAAGACUGCUGUGGGUGGAUCCAGAGGUACAUAGUUACAAAGCUUGGUGAGGACUGGAUCUUCCUGGUGCUGCUAGGGUUCACUAUGGCUCUAGUCAGCUGGAGUAUGGAUUACGCUAGUGCAAAGAGUCUGCAAGCUUAUAAAUGGAUGUAUGCAGAGCUGAAAGAGAAUGUGCUUCUUCAGUAUUUGGCCUGGAUCACAUAUCCUUUAAUUCUCAUCAUAUUCUCAUCUGUCUUCUGCCACCUGAUUGCCCCACAAGCUAUAGGGUCUGGUAUUCCAGAGAUGAAGACCAUUCUGCGAGGAGUGGUUCUGAAGGAGUAUUUGACUUUGAAGGCUUUUGUGGCUAAAGUCAUUGGUUUGACCGCCAGCCUGGGCAGUGGUUUGCCUUUGGGAAAGGAGGGCCCUUUUGUCCACAUCGCCAGUAUCUGUGCUGUCGUGCUAAGCAAGGUCAUGUCCAUCUUCACAGGGGUGUAUGAGAAUAGCGCCCAUGUUCAGGACCUGCUGAUUUGUGCGUGUGCAGUGGGAGUGGCCACCUGUUUCGCCGCCCCUGUGGGAGGUGUGUUGUUCAGUAUUGAGGUCACGUCCACAUAUUUUGCGGUGAGGAAUUACUGGAGAGGAUUCUUCGCAGCCACCUUCAGUGCCUUUAUAUUCAGAGUGCUGUCUGUGUGGAACAAAGAUUCGGUCACAAUUACAGCUUUGUUCCGCACAAACUUUCGAAUGGACUUUCCCUUUGACUUGCAGGAGCUGCCAGCAUUUGCUAUAAUUGGGAUCUCAUGUGGAUUUCUGGGAGCAUUUUUUGUCUAUCUCAACAGACAGGUUGUGCUAUUCAUGAGAAGACCAACAAUCCUUGCAGGCUUUCUCACCAAACACCGGUUGAUUUACCCUGGUGUGGUGACACUGAUUAUUGCCACCUUUACAUUCCCUCCAGGCUUUGGCCAGUUCAUGGCUGGCGAGCUGAUGCCAAGAGAUUGCAUCAACUCACUCUUUGAUAACUUCACCUGGACAAAGAUCACUACUCCACCCCCUGGCCUCGGCCGCUCCACCGUCUGGCUUCAUCCGCAAGUCAAUGUCUUCAUUGUCCUCAUUAUCUUUUUCAUCAUGAAGUUUUGGAUGUCUGCAGUAUCUACAACAAUGCCUAUCCCAUCUGGUGCCUUCAUGCCUGUCUUUGUUCUUGGAGCUGCCUUUGGCCGCUUGGUGGGAGAGAUCAUGGCCAUACUGUUCCCAUCUGGAAUUCUGUUUGAUGACAUUAUUUACCAAAUCCUGCCCGGAGGCUAUGCUGUAAUUGGUGCAGCAGCCAUGACCGGUGCGGUCACACACACAGUGUCGACAGCUGUCAUCUGCUUCGAACUGACAGGGCAGAUCUCUCACAUCCUGCCCAUGAUGGUGGCUGUGAUCCUGGCAAACAUGGUGGCACAAAGCCUGCAGCCCUCUCUAUAUGACUCAAUCAUUCAGGUCAAGAAGCUUCCCUACUUGCCUGAGCUUGGCUUUGGACACAUCAGUAAGUAUAAUAUUUUUGUGGAGGACAUCAUGUUGAAGAAGGUGAAGUUUGUGUCUCUUCAGUCCACCUACUCUGAGCUUCUUCACCUUCUGGAGACCACCACCUUCAAAACAAUCCCACUUGUUGAUUCUAAAGAGUCAAUGAUUUUACUGGGCUCUAUUGAGAGGUGUGAAGUCCAAGCUGCCUGUGACUGGUGGUUAUCAGAAGAGAGGCGGGUUUAUAACCAACGUCAGGUUACACUCCAUCAGGGGUCAAAGGUCAGAUGGGAGUCUUUAACAUUUAUAGAUGAAGAGGGAGAAGAGGAGAACAGACAGAAGAGAAGCACUGAGACUCUAAAUGGCCCACUGACAUCUGAAAAACCAUCAGAGGACUCCACCAGAAACAUGAGUUCUGGUGCUUUAAAAUCCAUGCGGAGUGCUAUUCAUCGCCUUUUCUCCACCACAUCCUCAUCAGAGCAGGCUGAGACACAGGACACCUUGCCAUCUUCUGUAACGGAGAGCAUGACUCCAGAAGAGAUCAAAGCUUGGGAGGAAUCUGAGCUGAAUAAGUCAGUUGACAUUGAUCAGAUUCGCAUUGAUCCUGCCCCUUUCCAGCUGGUGGAAAAAACAUCAUUGCAUAAGACACACACCCUCUUCUCUUUGUUGGGAUUUAGUCAUGCCUAUGUCACCAGCACAGGAAAACUUGUGGGAGUUGUUGCACUUAAAGAGCUCCAGAAGGCCAUUGAGGGUUCGACUCGUAGUGGAGUGCGCUUGCGGCCUCCUCUAGCCAGUUUCAGAGAUGCCAACCACAAGGCCCAAAAGCCCUCUCGCCUGUCUUCCGCCCCUUCCCCACCCAGUGACAGAGACCUGUGGAGUGUACAAGAGAAGAGAGAGGCGCACAGCGACCGCCGAGCCAAAUCGACCCAGGCCACAGAAUCAGAGUGCUGGGCACUAACAGCAGCCAUAAGCACUAACAGCAGCCAUGCAGACACUCCUUCCCAGAGGCCUGGACCCUCCCCUUCCUCCCCUCCUCUUUUUCCUCCCAUCUCUCAUUCCUCUAUUGUCUCCCCUAAUGAGAGAUGUGAGGAGAGGGAGAGUGGCAAAAAGCCUGUUUAAGUUGUUGUUCUUCCCCACAAUCUCACGCCUCUGCAGGGAGGUGCAUUUGGGGACAUUCUCAGGCUCAAACAUAGCUGCCUUCAGUUAUACAUGUGCUAGAGAGGUGUCCAGUAUGACAGCAGGUGUUUUGUUUUUUUUUAGGGUGAUUUUCUAAUCUUGACACUGAGCCCUUGCUCUCACAUCCAAUACUCUUGCAACUGCUGGCUCAGAAUACCGACAAGUAUCUGUAGCUUUUCUGUAGUACCUGUAUGCUUUUUCAGCUUACUGAGAAGCCCACUUACUGUGUUCAUUACCAAGAUGAUUCACUAGAUUAUUUCCUAUUUUUUUCAAUUUUGAUUUGUGAUUAUAGUUUAGACAGAUUUUUUAUGGCAUAAUUACUGGUAUCCUUAAA